CACAGCUGUACUGACAUCGCUGUUCCUUGAUGGACGAAGAAAGCCAACUGCUCCAGCCGCCAGACCAGAGCUGCUGGGCCACCCUGCCCGAUGUGUGCCUGCGGCGUGUUUUCUGGUGGCUGGGAGACAGGGACAGGUCCAGGGCGGCCCUUGUCUGCAGAAAGUGGAACCAGACGAUGUAUUCCGCCGAGCUCUGGCGAUACAGGAGCAUCACGUUCAGUGGGAGACCUUCCAGGGUGCACGCAUCCGAGUUCGAGUCAGCUCUUUGGUAUGUUAAGAAAUUUGGUCGUUACCUGGAGCACCUGGAGAUCAAAUUCCUGAAUCCUUACAACGCUGUCUUGACCAAGAAGUUCCAGAUCACCAUGCGAGCCCUUCUUUCGUGGCUGGGCAAGACUAACAACCGUCUGAAAUCUCUCUCCAUUCAGCACCUGGAGCUGGACCGCCUCGUCUGGAGGAACAGCAUCAAGAGCUCCUUCAUCAAAAGCUUGAGCUUCUUCUUAAAGAAAAUGGGCAAACACCUGGAUUAUCUCAACCUGAAAGGGGCCAGGCUGACCGUGGAGCAAGGCUGCCAUGUUCUCAACUCCCUGAGCUACUUAAGGAACGAGAGCGUGGCGUCGGAGCUCAACCUCGAGGACUACUUCAGCCACCAUCUCGCCGUCUACAGCAGCCCCCGCUUCAACAAGGCCAUGGCCGCAUUCCACCAGCUGGUGUCCCUAACCCUCAACUACAACUGCAUCUCCGACGAGCUGCUCGAGAACUUGUGCGAGAACAAUGCCGGUACCCUCGGGACCAUAAACAUCAAAUGCCACAUUCAUGACCCCCACGGGCAGGUCAUCUGGGGCAUGUCCUGGGCCAACCUGGCCAGGCACGCCACCAACCUGAAGGUGAACUUCUUCUUUGAGCGGGUCAUGAAGUACGAGCGCUUGGCCCGGAUCCUCUUGCAGGAGAUCCCGAUCAGGAGCAUCAGCCUGAGAAGCUGUUACUUCAGUGACCCAGACUGGUCGAUGAGGCCCACCCUCGUGGACCUCCUGCCCACCUUCCGGCACACUCUGCAGAAAUUAACUUUUGAGUUCAACAACAACCAUGAGUCUCUCGACGAGGAGCUGCACCUCCUCAUCUUAUCCUGCAGGAAGUUGUUUUACUUCAAAAUCUGGGCUUUCCUUGAUGUCAGGUUUGUGGAGCGGAUCCUGAAGAGUCAGGAAGAAGGGCAGUGUGCCCUGCGCACACUCAAGGUGAGAAUUUAUACGAACAGAUAUGAGACGAAUGAAGAGGACAGGACCCUGCGGGAGAUUUACAGGAAGUACAGAAAGCUGAUCAAUUCAGACCUUAACUAUUUCGUCAUCGCUUACCCCAUGAUGUAAUGAGCGCUCUCCACAGGAAGAAGGCCAGGAACACUGUGAACUUGACCAUCUGGUUCUCACAGAACUACACCUGGGGCAUCCCCUCCCCCCACCCCUUCUUCCUCUCCCUCUCCUUUUCGCCAGUUCCACACCAACAGGAAUGUCCCAGCAAAGGCUGGGACUGCUGGUGACCUGAGGGCCCCGGGUGACUUUAAAGUGCUAUCUAUUCAACUAUCCAGGGUGACUUCCUUUUUGUUAUUUGGUUUUGCUUUUUGACCCCCUGACUCAGCCACAGAGCUGGAAGCCCAAAGCAGUUCAGAGCAGUGUCUUCCUAGGGGACCCUGACUCCUGCUACUGUGCUCCUGAAAAGGGGUCACUAGCCAGGGAGCAAAUAGAAACGCAUUUCUCCUG